GAACAGAUUAAACUUAAGUAUAAAUUUGCUUGGUAAAUUACCGAUAGAAUAUCAUAGCAUUGAUUGUCAUUUAACUGCGAGUCUAUUCUAUGUAAAUGACGCAAUCAAAAAAUGGAUCGAUUUCAUGGAAAGACAAUGUAAAGGUGUAUUUAGAUGAUUAUAACAGUGACCUAAAUUUUGUCAUAGAAGAAGAUGGAUUAACUGGUUCCUGUUUGCAUAAAGAUGGCUUUGAGUUCAUUUGGGCCGGAGCUAGAGCUACACAUGGCGUAUCAAGGGGAAAGAACAAGUCCAUUUCUUGAUGACCUCCUUCCACCAGAACCACCUGCACUUCUUCAAGAACUGCCAGCUGAUGACGUCAUGAGGGAUUUCCAUGAUGAUGACACUGCAGAGACCUCAACCAAUCCCACUAUGCUUGUGCCUGCUAUGGUUAAUGCAAUGUUUCCACUUGUAAGCAACACUCUUUCACAGGAGAAUGAAGAUACUAGUAAUGAAAUAUUUCCACAAAGUGGACGACUACCUCCAAAUAACAACCCAGUGUCUUCACAAGGAUUAUUAUCCAGAGAUGAACGAGCUGCUUCCCUAAAUACUCAUAUUAAUGUUUGCUGUGAUCGCUUGGGUAAAGCUGUACGUCUGAGAUUACAGGAAAUAAAUGGCAUUUUGAAAGAUGAUAAAUUAAAAACAACUUUAUAAACAAA